CUGAAACAACAGAGGAUGAAGGUGGAGAACAUUCUGAGACCAAGGAAGGUAGUGAGGAUGUUGAGGACCAGGCUGUGCAUACAGUGAUGGACAAAUGUGCAGAAGGUGACAAUAAAACACCUAGACAUGAGGAUCACUCUAACACAACCAGGAGCCAGUCAGUGGAUUUUUCAAGAGAAUCUCCUCAACAAGCUCUCCCACCCCCAUCCCCAAGACUCGUCAAACACCUCUCCACCUCUCCAAUGCCAAAUCGCUCUGGUUCAACUACACCUCUCAGCUUGCGGAAGAAAGCUGUUGUUCCAACUGAAUAUCAAGACACAGUGCCUGGGGAGUUUGAAGAAAAAGUUAAGCAACCAAAAUCUAUGUCCCAGAGUAACAUCCAUGACUCUCGACCUCAGACUCCACUGAGUGAGUGCUCCCGGAAAGAACUUACUCUCAGACCAUCCCCGAAGCUUACCAGGGCAAGCUCAAAGGUUUUUGAGAAGGUUCGUGACUUAGAAGAGCGGAGACGAAGCCUUGAUAUUCCAGAAGGCUCUAUCUCAGGAAGAUCCUGGGCAGGGUUCAAUCGUGCUGGAUCUGUUGACUCAGAUGAUGGAGGAAGCCGGUUGGGUAUCUCAAGAGAAAGUUCAAGGGAAGAUCUAAGGGAGGCUCUAGAAGAGGAUGCUGCUGCACGGAGAUCUAUGUUUAAGCAGAGAGCUGCUUCACUGGAGGAAAAACCUCGCUACUCCCAAAAAGUUCAGGACAUCGAGAACAAGUUCACUGAGGAGCUGCAGCGCAUUAAGAAACUUGUUGGAAAACCUCAUCUGAAGAAAUCGUUUUCUACUGAGCAGCUCACAUCGAAGGUCAAGCAGCGCCAACCCUUGAGGAAAAUUGAACCUAUCCCUCCACAAGUCCUCCAAAGGCUGCAAGAAAGAGAACAUGCCCAGUGGGCAAAGGAACAAAGAGAAAAGGCUUCAGUUCAGAAACCAAUGCAGCAACAACAGCAAACACAGCAAGAACAGCAUAAAUCCCAACCUCAAAAGACAACAAGCACGGGUUUAACAACUGUAAAAGUCAGUAGAUUUGAAGAGGUUUCUGGCACCCCAGAGUCGAUGCAGUUAUCUGACUUACCAGGACAACGAUCAAUGAGAGAAUUAAUUAGAGUCAGUCCUGUAACAGAAGUCAUUCAGAGAUCACCAUCACCAGCAUUAUAUCGUCAGCAACAGGAAGAGUUGCCUAGCAGAAACACUGCUAUGACAUUACACAAGGUUGAACGAAGACCCCCUAGUCCGCUUGUACAAAGGGUAUCUCAAAUGCAAGAAUCUUCACACAUCCAUGAACCUCCCACGCAAACAUCACAGAAGGAUGACACUUUGGAAGAAAAAUCACCAGUGGAAGUAGUACUACGAAAAACUGAAAACAAACCUGAAAGUCCACUGGUACAAAAAAGGACUGUCACUGUGCAAGAUCUUCCCCCUCAACCUAUUCUGAAACCCCCAAGCAUGUCACCAGUCACUCCACUGGAGGAAAAAAUGGAAGUGGAGCCAUCCGUAUCAGCCCCUAAGUUAAGAGUUCCCACAAUUAUUGUUGAAGAUGAAAAAAUGGAAGUGGAUGUUCCUGUGAAGACAUGUGAGGCUCAGAAGAUUACUACUAGUGCCAAAGAGGGAAAACAACCAAAGACAAAAGGAAAGAACCGCCGGCCUCGACCCAUGUCUCCAGAGUUAGAUUCUUCAGAUGAUUCUUAUGUGUCUGCUGGUGAAGACCCAAUGGAGGCCCCAGUUUUUGAGUUUCCCCUCCAGGACACUGUAUCAUCUGCUGGUGCAGAUGUGCUACUAAAAUGUAUCAUUGCUGGCACGCCUAUUCCUGAAGUUACCUGGAUGAGAGACAACACUAAAAUCAUCAGUAUUUCCAAUUACACAGUCAAAGUAGAAGGCGAACGACAUAGUCUUCUCAUCAAAUCAGCUCAAAUAAGUGAUGGUGGAACAUACUGUGUAACUGCUGUUAAUCAGGUGGGCAAAGCCUCCAGCAGAGCCACUCUUACAGUUAAAGCAGUGUCUAUACAGGAAUCAAAAGGAAACCUGGGUGUGCCUAUGGAUAUCAGCAGCCCUAUUACAUCUGAUGAGGAGUAUCUCAGUCCCCUAGAGGAAGGCAUGGAUUUUGGAGGACCAGAGCCAAGGCAAACUAUUGACACACGGUUCAGGAAACCCCCUGCAUUCCUGGUAACAAUGAGUGAUCAAGCUGUCAUUGAAGGACAGGAAGUCACCAUGUCUGUCCGAAUAAGUGGACAACCCAAACCCAUGCUGUAUUGGCUGAGGGACAGAGUUACAAUAAAAACAGGCCCACGUCACAUUGUACGUGCGACAGAAGAUGGCACUUUUGAAAUGACAAUCAAGUCAGCAGUGAGGUCGGAUACUGGGAUAUACACCUGUAAGAUCAUUAAUGAGUAUGGAACAAAGCAGUGUGAAGGGAGGCUGGAGGUAAAAGCUUCACCAGUUGAGCCAGAUCUGGCUGUCAUCCGCCCGGUCAAAGACAUCACUGCCAUGGCUGGAGAGACAGUUUUGUUUGAGUGUCAUGUCAUCGGACCGAAGGACACAGAUGUGGACUGGCUUGCCGACGGAAAACUGAUCCAGCCGGCAUUGCUCAACUGUAAGAUGCACUUUGAUGGAAGAAAGUGCCGGCUGCUGCUCAACUCAGUACACGAAGAUGACAGCGGGACAUAUACGUGCAAGCUGAGCACAGCCAAAGAGGAAGUGACCUCAUGUGGCAAACUCAUAGUCAUCCCUUCCAUCGACCCUCUCUUCACUCGCACGUUGGACGUUCUAGAAGUGAUUGAGGGACGUAAUGCUCGAUUUGACUGCAAAGUCAGUGGGACGCCAUCUCCUAAGGUCACCUGGAGCCACUUUGACCAUUCACUUACAGAAAGUGAAGACGUUCGUAUUCUUCAGGAGGGUGGCCGCCACUCUCUCAUCAUUUUCCAUGUGACUAAUGAGGAUGAGGGUUUUUACACUGUCACAGCCCAAAACUGUCAUGGCAAGGCAGAGAGCACUGCCGAACUGUACAUACAAGAACCGUGGCCAGCCAUCUCCUCACAGAUGGCUAAACUGGAGAAGAUGCCAUCCAUCCCAGAGGAGCCAGAGGUCCCAGAGAAUGAGGUAGAGCGUUUCACUAUGCCUGACUUCAUCAAACCUCUUUAUGACCUGGAUGUGAUCGAAGGAAAGGAGGCUGUGCUCAAAUGCAAAGUGGCCGGUUUGCCAUACCCCACCAUUGACUGGUUCCACAAUGGCAAAAGGAUUGAGAGCACCGAGGACAGAAAGAUGACACAGUAUCAUGAUGUCCACAGCCUAGUAAUCCGCUCUGUGUGCCAUUCCCAUGCCGGUGUCUAUAAGAGUGUUAUCUCUAACAAAAUAGGAAAGGCCACCUGCUAUGCUCAUCUCUAUGUUACAGAUAUCCUACCUGACCCACCUGAUGGGACUCCAGUGAUAGAAUCCAUCACUGGUAAAACCAUCACAUUAAGAUGGAAGAAACCUCGGAGGCUGGACCCUUCCAUUGAUCCCAGUUCUUUGAUGUAUGCCGUCCAACAACAAGCCCUGGGCUCUAUCCAAUGGACCAUCAUAGCUUCUGCCCUUAAGGAGACCACCUACACUAUCACCACCCUCUCCAAAGGUGUCCGCUAUGCUUUCAGAGUCUUGACCAUCACCUCCAAGGCUCUCAGCAAGCCCUCACCUACCACCGAUGCAGUGCAGCUCCUGGACCGAGGCCCCUAUCUUCUGGAGGGUCCAGUGAUUAUUGAUAAGCCAGAAAUUGUAUAUGUGAUGGAAAACCAGUCAGUUACCAUUACUGUUACUCUCAAUCAUGUCAAUGCAGCGAUCAUCUGGAAGAGGAAGGGUGCGGUCCUGGCCAGCAAACCAGGCCUGUAUGAAAUGGCAAUGCCAGAUGACGACCAACACACGCUGAAGCUAAUGAAAGUGAAGAGUGCCGACAUAGGAGAGAUGGAGUUUGUGGCCUCUAACAAGUAUGGCAGUGAUAGCUGCACAUUCAUUGUGGAGAUGGCAGCUCCGCCAACAUUUGAAACUAUCAUGGAGGACUUGGAUGCUUGUGCUGGCGAGACCCCUCGUUUUGCUGUGGUUGUGGAAGGGAAACCCAUUCCUGACAUCCUCUGGUUCAAGAACGACAUCCUGCUGUGUGAGAGCAGUCAUUACACAUUUGUGUAUGAUGAUAAUGAAUGUUCCCUGGUGGUCCUAAACGCCUGUCCAGAAGACUCUGGGGUGUACACCUGCACUGCCAGGAAUUUGGCAGGAUCUGUGUCCUGUAAAGCUGAACUCACCAUUCAUGAAGCUAAAAGUAAAGAGGACCCAAUGGAUGAUGAGGAGAGUAUUCUAAGGAAAAUGCGCAGGCUGACAGAUUAUUAUGACAUCCAUAAAGAAAUUGGAAGGGGUGCAUUUUCUUAUGUGAAACGUGUGACCCAGAAGGUAGGCAAAAUGGAGUAUGCUGCAAAGUUUAUUUCCACACGGGCCAAGAAGAAGACAUCUGCUCUGAGAGAGAUGAACUUGCUUUCUAAGCUGGACCAUGAGAGAAUCCUUUACUUUCAUGACGCCUUUGAGAAGAAGAAUGCAGUCAUCAUCAUCACUGAAAUAUGCCAUGAAGAGCUGCUUGAUAGAUUUAUAAAGAAAUCUACACUUAUGGAAUCUGAUGUGCGGUCAUGUAUAAGACAGCUGCUUGAGGGAGUGGAUUACCUUCAUCAUCUAAACAUCAUUCACCUGGACAUCAAGCCUGAUAACAUCCUCAUGGCAGACCCGCAUGGUGAUCAGAUCCGAAUCUGUGACUUUGGCAACGCAAUGGGGAUCACACCUGAUGAGGCUCAAUAUUGCAAAUAUGGCACACCGGAGUUUGUUGCACCAGAAAUUGUAAAUCAAACCCCGGUCUCAAAAGCAACAGACAUCUGGUCAGUUGGGGUUAUUGCAUAUCUGUGUCUGACAGGAGUUUCUCCAUUUGCUGGGGAGAAUGACCGCAGCUCUGUACUGAACAUCAGAAACUAUAAUGUCGCCUUUGAGGAGAGCAUGUUUGCUGACCUUUGCCGAGAGGCUAAAGGGUUCAUCAUAAAACUGCUGGUAGCAGACAGACUGAGACCUGAUACUCAGGAAUGUCUCAGACACCCCUGGUUCAAGAUACCUACCAAGGGAAAGGCCAUAAGUACAGAGUGCUUGAAGAAGUUUGUAUCUCGCAGAAAAUGGCAGCGUUCACUAAUCAGCUAUAAAUCAAAAAUGGUCAUGAGAUCAAUACCUGUGUUGCUGAACGAUUCCUCCAGCCAUGUCUCCAUUGCAGUUCCCAGGCACCUUAAAGAGGAUUCACCUUUACCAUCAUCAUCCUCAGAUUCUGAUGAAGACGUUGAUGAGCUGCCAUUCAUUCCGAUGCCACUUAACUUGGAAUUCUCUGGAUCAAGAAUAUCACUCACUGAUAUCCAGACCAAUGAGCAGGAAACAGAGAAGCACAGUGGAAUAACUAAAAUGUCUGAGUCCCCUGUUCCUGACAGUGACUCUAAAGAAAUGGAUAAAGAAGGGGAUGAAUCCACAGGUAAAGGCCACCAGCAGAAAAGGGUAUCACAGGACAAUGACAAGGGUUCCUCAGAUGAAGAAGCACCUGCUGCAUUUCCACAAAAGUCAGAGCUGUCUAGAAAACCACUGCGAAGGGGUUCAAGCCUGGAGUCAGACAAACCAGAGGGUGGGCCACGAAGAGGGGAGCUAAGACGUGGAGGGUCAGCUGACAGUGCAUUGCUGCUCCGGAUUACACCUGAAGAAGGAGCUGGAGAAGGAAAUCAAGAGGAUGGCAGGAGAGUUUUGAAGAAAGCUGUCUCUAUGGAAUUACCAAGGAGGAGCGCCAGCCCAGGAACUGCUAAAAUGAGUCAAGAAGACUAUGCUCUUAAACUGGAGCUGAUGAGACAGCGACUGCUUCGUGGUGGCUCUGUGGACAACAAGAUGAGUGGGCUGAGAGGACCUCUUUUGGAAACAUUAGGAAUGGGAGAUGAAAAAUGCGCCAUAUCCUCAGAUCGCUACUCCCGUACUGCUCGUUUGGCCCCACCUCCACUAAUUAGAUUUGCAUCCAGUGAUUCUCCUAGGGAUGAUGUUCCAAAACCCAAAGUUUUGCGCAAAAGUGCUUCUUUCAGUCAAGGUGAUUCAGAACCCAUAGCUUUACAUCGCCGGUCUGGAGCUCCUCUAGAGAUUCCUCUGGCACAGGUAGAAGAGAGAAGGCUUAAGGAGGCUAUAUCUAUGUCAGCUCUGACUGACCAAAUCAAGCUAGACUCCCGUCCAGUGACUCCCAGGGAACCUUCACCAAAACCACUGACUCCAGAGUCUGUUGUGCAGGAGAGCCCCACGAAAACAGAAAGUGAGGAAUCAUUUAUGGAGAAAGAGAUAAAGCCAGAUGAGGCUAUAAAUGAAAAGAUGGAUGGGCUGACUACAGAUAGUAAUUUUGAUGAAAGAUCAAGCACAAGUGGCUUCUCAGAGAAAGACAUGAGCAUAUCAGAAGAACCAACAAUUGAAUCAGAUUAUACACCUUCUUUUGUGGUCCAAAGCUCUAAUCUAGAAGAGAAAAUGGAAGAGGAAGAAAAAGGAGAAAAAGACCAAGAAGAAGAAGAAGAGAUUAUUAAAGAAGAAGAGAAAAGAACUAUUAGUAUUGCUGAACCAAAUGAAGUUGCUGUAGAAAUGGUGGAUGAGGAGGUAAAUAUGCCUGAAAAAUCUUCGGAAAUGAUGAUAACCACAAGCUCAGUCAUGGUGAGACCAACACAAGAAUGUUCCCUUUCUCUGCCAAAAGUCAUGACAACUUAUGUAACACCCUCACUUCCUGCUCAAGUUGUUCUUCCUGAUGGAAGGACCUCAGCAUAUGCCAGUAUUAUGCAGACCAUUAUGGUCCCUUCACUUCAGCCUCUCAAUGACCCACCUUUAGGCCCACCUGUUGUAGUUUCAGCCACCUCGUUACCCUCAGUAUCAACCAAAACAUUUGUACCUACCAGCACAAUACCUGCCACUAUAUCCUCUACGUUACCAGGUCCAGCCAUUAUGUCAACUACUGAGCACCCUGCUGUAUACUCUAGGGUAGCAUCACCAGAAAUGAUAACAAAAGAGCCCAGUCCACCAAAGACUGCCCCACAUUCCUUAUCCCAACAAGAUCUUUUGGCAGGACUUGACUUAGAGGACCUUACCUCUGAAGAAGUCUUUGAGGCCCGCUUCAAAAAACGUGAAUCUUCUCUCACGAGAAGUCUAAGGUUUUUAUCUCGGUCCAAGAAUGAGGACAAAUCACAGCUAACUUUGCCAGACUCCCCAGAGGCAGGUGAAGAGAUAUACAGACCUGGGCCAAUUGGUGCACCAUUGGAAUUAGCACAAAGGAGACUUGAAGAGAAGUCAAAGUCAGUCCAGGAUCUUCGUGAAGCUCAAAAGGACCAAGGCUUUAUGAGAAGGCUCUCCUUACGGCUGAGGAGAACUCCAUCAACUGAACGCAAGGACGAAAUGACCAAAGAAGAAGACACAGUUCCUUCAAGACGAAAGCUUUCUUGGACUCUUGGCCGAAGAGGAUCACAGGAAAAGAAGGAAGUAGAGAUGAUGCCCAUGGGUGGUGAUGGUGACACCUUAGUGGAACAAAAGGAAAAGGAGCUCAAGAAACCUAAUGAAUCACCAGUCUUGGCAAUGCGAAGGAAAAUUGAAUCAACAGUGGCUGAGAUCUCCACCAGAAUUCGCAGCUAUUCAGAGGAAAGGAGAGUAUCAGAACAGAAAGAGCAAAAGAGAAAUCCCAUUCUUUCCAUACUUCAUCGUUCCACAUCAGAGAACCGUGCUAUGAAGGUUGCUCAUGUUCCUCAGAACCAAUUGGCAUCUCAGGCCACGAAUGGUACCUCAACAGAGUCUCUAGACUCUAUGUCCAGCCUAAAGUCAGAUUUAUCAAAGGGUGUGGAGGUUGAACGCAGAUCCCGCUGGGAUCGGUGGGGCCUGACGAGAGGAAAACGAGACAAGACUGUAUCACAGCCUGACAUACCAACAGCCAUCGCCAGAGAAAGUAGUUCCUUACGUUCACACCAGUACUCCAAACUGGCUUCUGAUUUUCCUCCAGUAUUCCAUAUCAAGCUGAGAGAUCAUGUCCUUCUGGAGGGGGAUCCAGUCACUCUUAGCUGUCUACCAGCAGGCAGCCCCCACCCACACAUCACCUGGAUGAAAGAUAAGAAGCCCCUGGAGAUUGAUGCCAGGAUGAACAUAAUUGCCUGUCCUGAUGGCCGGCAGCUGCUAAUGAUCAUGCAGACAACCAAAAAUGAUGCAGGAGUUUAUGAAUGUGUGGCUACAAACCCCUUGGCUUCUGUGUCCAGCUCUUGUACAAUAUCUCUUGCUCGCCUGCCUAAUCGUCCUGGGACCCCUGAGAUUCCUCAGAGGUACAACAACACAGCCUUGGUAGUGUGGAGACCCUCAGACACUAUGGCCCCGUGCACAUACUCUCUGGAGAGGAGAGCAGAGGGUGAGACCAGCUGGCUGAUGGUGGCAACAGGGGUGGCAGACUGUUAUUACAAUGUAACUGAUCUGCCAACAAGGGGCUCCUUGAGGUUCAGGGUGGCAUGUGUGAACAAAGCUGGCCAAGGCCCUUACAGCAACCUCUCAGAUGUAGUGAGCCUGGAUGCUUCAGAACCAGAUAAAUCAAAUGCUACUGUGGUGGUGAAGACUGUCCCUGUGACUCCUCCUCCUCCUGUGGUGAUGAUGUCAUCCAUGAAAGUGCCUCCCAUUAAACCAGCUCCAAGUAAAUCCACUACAGUGCCCCUUGCCCAGCCUGUCCCUCCUUCUUCCUCACCUCCCGCUCCACCUGUGGCUAAAUCUACUUCUCCAGUAACUGUCAAACCCAUUGUUCAGGUUGAGGCUAGCCAUCCUGCUGUUACUCCCCCCAUUAAUACAGUCUCAUCUGAGCAAGCUCCUGUUCUGAACACCACAACUGUCCAAACCACACCAGCCAAAGCCAAGACAACGCUUAGUAUCAGUGUGAGCAAGCCCCAAACCAAGCUGACCCCCCCUGUUGUCCCACCCAAACCUCGGAGCCCUAUAAAUGCAUUCCUCCCCAUGACCACCAAACCCCCUUCUCCUGUACCUCCUCCUGUGACGGUCAUUGGGAAACCAAUUUCAUCUGUGCCAAUGUACGUGCCAGCUGCAACUGCUAGAGUCACUCCACCUUCUCAGUGUAGUCCCACACCGGCAACCAGCUCCCUCUCAGUCACACCUGUGACCAUCUCACCGCCUGUGGUGGUGGUACAGAGUUUGACACCUAUUCUGCAAGGGGGAGACAGCAGGAGUACACCAUCUGGAUGGGUCAUCCCAUCUGGACGGGCCACCCCAUCUGGACGGGCCACCCCAUCUGGACGGGUCACACCUUCGGGACGCAGGACACCACUGGGCAAGCCUGUGGAGGGAUCUCUGCGCCAGGGAGUUCCACAGAAACCUUACACAUUCAUGGACGAGAAAGCAAGGGGUCGUUUUGGUGUGAUACGUGAGUGCCGGGAGAAUGCCACAGGCAACCUCUUUUUGGCUAAGAUUGUUCCCUAUGAGGCAGACAGCAAGCAGCUGGUGCUGCAGGAAUACGAUAUCCUCAAGUCCCUUCAUCAUGACAGGAUUAUGGCUUUGCAUGAAGCAUAUGUCACACCGCGUUACCUCGUGCUCAUCUCUGAGUACUGCAGUGGAAAGGAGCUGCUCUACAGCCUCAUAGACAGGUUCCGUUAUUCUGAGGAUGAUGUGGUGACCUAUAUUGUGCAGAUCCUCCAGGGUCUGGACUACCUCCAUACCCGACGGAUCCUUCACCUAGACAUCAAGCCAGAGAACAUCAUUGUCACCUACAUGAAUGUCAUCAAGAUUAUAGACUUUGGCAGUGCUCAGACUUACAACCCUCUCUUCCUCAAGCAGUUCAGCCCUCCGAUUGGAACGCUGGAGUACAUGUCUCCAGAGAUGUUGAAAGGGGAUGUGGUGGGCCCUCCAGCUGACAUCUGGAGUGUGGGUGUACUGACUUUCAUCAUGUUGAGUGGCAGGUCACCUUUCUUGCGAAAUGAUCCUCAGGAGACUGCAGCCAGGAUCCAGGCAGCAAAGUUUGACCUGUCUAAACUCUACCAGAAUGUGUCCCAAAGUGCCUCUCUGUUUCUUAAAAAGAUCCUGUGUAGCUACCCUUGGGCCCGUCCAUCUAUUAAGGACUGUUUCAAUAACUCCUGGCUUCAGGAUGCCUACUUGAUGCGCCUUCGUAGGCAGACUCUCACCUUUACAACCACCUGUCUCAAGGAAUUCUUGGCUGACCAGCAGCGCAGGCGAGAGGCGGUGGCCACCAAGCACAAAGUUCUUCUGCGGUCCUACCAGAGCUCGCCGCAAACCCCCACCAGCCCUGCCACACCAAAUGUGCCAACCUCACCCACCAUACCAGUCAGCCAGUGAAAAGA